AAUCUACUUAAAUUAAGCAAUUCCAACAGAAAGAAAUCCUCAAUGACAAACAGCAGUCAAUGAUAAUUGUGCGUGAAGCAAACCAAGAAGCCAAUGAAGCUGAAAAAUGUUGAAAAAAGUGACAUCAAAUAAAUGAAACUUAAUGAUGAUGAAAAAAUAUUUUCCAAGAAGAAAAAAAUUGCAAAAAAAGUUGUGGUAGUGUAGUAAAAUAGUAAGAAAACGAAAAGAGAAGAGAAAGAAGAAGAAGGAAAAAUUAUUUAAAGCUCUCGUUAAUUGAUGACGACAACAUUAACGCAUAGCCACGGAGAGAAGAAGAAAACGGCACGAAGACAGAACAAAAAAGAUUGCAAGACGACGACCUCUGAAAUUAAAACCAGAUAUAGCAACAAAACAAACAACCAUCAAAAAUAGCAACAACAACAAAAUCAUAUAAAUCAUUCUAAGAAAAAUAAAAUAAAACAAAAAAAAUAAUUAAUUAAUUUAAAAAAAUAUAUAAAUAAAAUUAAUGAAAUAGCAAAACCAAAACCAAAAAAAAAAUAAUAAAAUAAAGUUGUAUAAAGCAAAUUCUGUUAAAUAAGUAAAACAAAAGAUAAUCAUCAUUGCAACAACAACAACAACAACAAAAUUGUCAACAAAUCAAUAACAACAAAUAAGGAUUUAAAACGUCAUACUCUACUAUCUACUACCACUACUACUACUACCUAUCUAUCUAGCUAUUUAUCAACCUCUCUACCACACACGUGUUACAGAAAAGGUCAUCCAUUGUUACAACAGCAACAAUAACAACAAAAUAACCAAUACAACAACUGCAACACGCCCCCCGCCCCGAACAUCGGUAACAAAGCAAACGCAAAUUGUCAUUUAGAUAAAUUUAAUCCAUUAAAGAUAAGCUUUAAAGUACAAACCACGGAUCAAUACCAAAGAUGGAGGCAAAAUUUUUGGCAGGCCUAUUUUCAUUCCUCUCAAUAUUUUUAGCGAUUUAUGCUCAAUCACCUGAGCAAGAAUUUUUGGUGCCAAACUACGAUAAUGUCGAACAACAGUUAAAAGUUUAUGAUAUACGUGCUCCAUUAGUAUUAAGUUGUGAAAUUAGAGGGGAAGGAAAUUACGAAUUAACAUGGGAAAGAAACGGUACAGAAGUGAGUAAAGUAAAAGAACUUGAAGGUCGUUAUCGCAUAUUGGCGGCCGAAAGAAAGUUCAUGAUUGAAAAAACAGAUGUCCAUGAUGAUGGCCUUUAUUCAUGUGUGGCCAAUAAUGUAAAGAAAGAUUUUAAUGUAGUUGCUAAAAUUGCUGUUAGAGUGCCUUCAAACUCUGGCGUUGUUGAGGGUGAAAAAUUGUCAAUUGUAUGUACUGUUGUUGGUACUGAUCCACAAUUGUCAUGGAGUUUUGGUAAUUUAACCAUCAACAAUAGCACAGGUCGUUAUAUUUUAAGAGCCGAUGAUAAUAAAAUUCAAAAUGCUAUUUUAACCAUUGAAAAUGUCAGUUUGGACGAUAGAGGCGAAUACAAAUGUAUUGGCCGUAAUGCAGCCACCGAAUACGCUAAAGUGCCAGAAGCUAGUGAUACAUCUUUUGUACGUGUAAAAGGCAAAUUUGCCGCUUUGUGGCCUUUCUUGGGUAUCUGUGCUGAAGUGUUGAUACUGUGUACCAUCAUUUUGAUUUACGAGAAGAGACGCAACAAGAAUGUAGCGGAUGAUGACACAGAUGCCCAGGAUCAGUAAGUUUCUGUAGAUCAUCUACAUACACACACAGACACAUACACACAAAAGUCUAAAUAACAAGAACAACAACAACAAACAAAAAACACUUCCUUAAACAUUUCUCUUUUUAUUUCGAACACCAAGGAAAUUAGUCAUUAUUUGUUUAUUCUUCCGUUGACUUAUCAACAACAACUUCUUUGUUGUCUCUUUGUCUCUUCUUCUGCCAAAGUAGUUAAAAUACAGAAAUAAACUAAUUUCAAUUUAAAUUAAAAAAGUAACAUAGUUUGACAUAAACAAAAAACACCUAAAAAUAACUAUAACAGACAAUAUACAAAUAAAUUAAAAAAACAAACGACUUAAGUAUGUAAAGUAAUGAAACUAAUAUGAGAAUAAGUUUAAAAACAAAAAAAUAAAAGGAAAAAUUAGUUUAAUUUUAGUUGAAAUUUUCAAAUAAGUUACAAAUUAUAAUUGUUUGCCAUGUCUCGUUUUCGUCUAUUUUUUUUUUAAUUUUCUAAAUAUGAUACACCACAACAUAAAAUUUCCGCAAAAUCCUUCCAUAUAUGUCUUUUUUUUUUCUUACUUUCUUUAAAUCUUUCAUUUCUAAAUCAACAAACUUUGUUAGUGCAAAAGUACAUUAAUUUACAACAUGUUAAUACUAUUAAAUUAAAGAAUAAAGUUUUAUUAUUAAUAAAAUAAAAAACAAAAAACGGUCUAAAUUUACCAAAACCAAAUACAACCACAAUAUGUUUUUAUGUAUUUGUAAUUAUAUACAUUUUUUUUGUUCUAUAUGUACAUUAAAAGAGAUACAAUCAUGUAAUGAGAAAAGGGAAAAAAGUAUUUUGCAUAAGCUACAAGAAAACACUAAAGUUGUUAAUUUUAUUUUAAAUAAAUAACGAAAACCCAGCACCCUUCACAGAUUUAAAAAUAAACUCUUUUAGAAAGAGCUGUUUGCAUUGUCUGGAAAUAAAAUGUUCCUGAAGUGGUGGCAUGAAUAGUAAUACCUAAAUUAAGUGGUUCAACUAACUUCAAUUACACGGUCUUCUACAAUAGAUUUUGUAUCCUACUUCUUGCUUCAGGUACAUUUUCUUUUAUUUUACAUGCAAAAAAUCUGAUUAAAUCUUUGGGUUAUAUAUUUUUUUGUUAAAAAGGAGGUUUAUUAAGCACUGCAACAAUAUUUAAAGAGUAACUCUUGGAUUGCUCUUUCCUAACACUACAAUGCUAGUUUAUAUUAAGUUAUAUAGGCGUGUAAUUAAAAUUGAAGAAAUUAAAUAUAUUUGUAUUUAUCCGCCCCACCCAUUUUGUCCAUUUAUAUAUAUUUUUGGGAUUUUCACAAAUCAAAAAAAAAAUUCAAAAUCCAUUUGCCAAGUGUGCUUAAACAUACCAAUUCCAUGCGUUGUUCACCUACACCAAUGAAAAAACAGGCAACCAAAUAGGCGGACAUGUCCCCCUCCCAUCCCCAAAAUUGAGUGCAGAAAAUAUUUUUCUCCAAACGUAGCCAUUAGUAUUCCUAAACAUUUAAUAGUACCCCUAUUUCAAAUAGAAUGUCAUUUUCUAUAACCCAACAAAUUAGUGGUUGCCGCCUUUCUUUCAUGUAAAAAAUCGACUAAAAUUAUUUGAAAUAGUUAUUAAAUAAUAAUUGUUUAUUUUUGUUUGUAUUUUCAUUCAAAAUUUUGGUUUAUAAAAUUAGUUUCAGCUCCGUUUCGUUUUUUUAUUUUUAUUAGUUAACAUUUAA